UUUUAUUUUAUUUUUCCGGCGUCCUCCUCCUCCUCUUUCGGUUGUGCCCGCUAUGCCUUUUCUCGGACAGGACUGGCGAUCGCCGGGCCAGAACUGGGUGAAGACGGCGGAUGGCUGGACCAGGUUCCUGGACGGGAAGGAGCACGGCGGCGGCUGCGACAACGAGAGGAACAGUUACUGCUGGAAAGAGGAAUUCAACAAGGAGAACAUCUUCCAUAAUCUGAUCUGCGAUGUUGCUGCGAAAAAACGAAAGAAGGACCAGCUGAAUAAUAAUACCAGGAUUCAGUAUUUUCACCAAGAAAAAUGGAUUUAUGUACACAAGGGAAGCACUAAAGAACGCCAUGGCUAUUGCACCCUGGGAGAAGCUUUCAAUAGACUGGAUUUCUCUAAUGCUAUUCUGGACUCCAGAAGAUUCAACUAUGUUGUACGGUUGUUGGAGCUGAUUGCAAAGUCUCAGCUGACAUCACUGAGUGGAAUCGCCCAGAAAAACUUUAUGAAUAUCUUGGAGAAAGUUGUGCAAAAAGUUCUGGAGGAUCAACAGAAUAUCAGAUUGAUAAAAGAAUUGCUGCAGACUCUGUACAUGUCACUUUGCACCUUGGUCCAGAGUGUUGGCAAGUCUGUUCUGGUUGGCAACAUAAACAUGUGGGUCCACCGAAUGGAGAUGAUUCUUUAUUGGCAGCAGCAGCUGAACAAUAUCCAGAUCACCAAGCCUGAUUUCAAAGGGUUGACUUUCACAGACCUGCCCUUGUGUUUACAACUAGACAUCAUGCAACGGCUGUCAGAUGGGCGAGACAUCGUGAGUCUAGGGCAAGUGACUCCGAGUCUUCAGGUGCUCAGUGAGGACCGGCUCCUCUGGAAAAAACUUUGCCACUACCAUUUCACAGACCGACAGAUACGCAAGCGGAUCAUAUUGUCAGAUAAGGGGCAUUUGGAUUGGAAGAAGAUGUACUUCAAGCUUGUGAGAUGUUAUCCACGGAAAGAACAAUAUGGAGAUACUUUGCAGCUUUGUAGACAUUGUCACAUCCUUUCGUGGAAGGGCACCGAGCACCCCUGUACGGCUAACAAUCCAGAAAGCUGCUUGACAUCUCUUUCGCCCCAGGACUUCAUCAACUUGUUCAGAUUCUGAAUUCCCAAAUGAUUUCACUACCUAUCGCAUUAUUCCGAUGGGACACUUUACACUGCUGAGCAGAAGGGGCUCAGUUUGUAACAUAGCUUGUAAAUAAUAUGGCUUGAUGUUCCUGAGUCAAGAGGACAAGAGACUUUUGGGAGGCAGAAAGAGCCAUAAUCUCGUGGCCUUGAACUCUUGAGAGAAUAUAGCCUCCUCGUUUGACUGAUAUGUAAAAAGUCAAGAUUUUUGUAAAUAUUAAGCUUGGUGAGAAUUGGUGUGCAAGCUUUCGGGGGACAAUCAAUUUAGGAAAUGAAAAGAAGAGUCCCCCUGCAAAUAUUUGGAAAUGUCUUCUGGAUUUCCAAAGCCAGAGGAAUGAAACACUACAGUUAGGUUAAAACUUGGAACUGUUCCCAACUUGGCUUUUUUUAUUUGU